AUGGAAGAAAACAAUCAAUCGCGUUACGUCAAGUUAUCUAAAAAUCAGACCACCGUCGAAGAUAUCAUCCCCGGUGAACUCAAUCAACCAAUUGAGGUUCCUCAGUUGGCUGUUCGCAAGUGCCCUGAAUGUAGACAGCCAUUACCUGAAAGCUAUGCACCUCCUGCAGAUGAACCUUGGAUGACUGGUAUUUUUGGAUGUAUAGAGGACCGAGAAAGUUGCUUGACUGGACUGUUCUGUCCCUGUGUAUUAUUUGGACGCAACGUAGAGAGCUUGAAGGACGACACUCCUUGGACAAGGCCAUGUAUUUGUCAUGCUAUUUUUGUCGAAGGCGGCAUUUCCUUGGCUUUAGCCACUGUCAUUGCAACCUCCUUCAUUUCUGGCAUUGACCCGGGGACAACAUGCCUCAUUUGUGAGGGUUUAUUUUUUACAUGGUGGAUGUGUGGCAUUCACACUGGUCAAGUUCGGCAAACCUUACAGAAGAAAUAUCACUUAAAGAAUUCACCUUGUAAUGCAUGCUGUGUGCACUGCUGCUUGCACUGGUGCGCCCUGUGUCAGGAGCACAGGGAGAUGAAGGGAAGGCUCUCCGACAAUAGUUUUUCAGAAAUGACCAUUGUAAACCCUCCUCCCAUUCAAGAGAUGAAGUCUACUAACGAAAAGGAAAAUCCUGAGACAUCUUCGGCUAACAACAAUGAACACGUUACUUUGGAGAUGCAGGCUAUAUAA